AUGACUAAUAAACAACUAACCUUUUUGCUUGUUUUGUGGUGUGCAUUUGGACAAUGCCGGUUACAUCCCAAGGAACAGAAUGACAGUGAAUUAACAGCAAAAUACAAAGUUUUUCGAAUCUAUCCAGAAACGACCGAUCAAUUCAAGAUCCUAAAAGAGUGGCAGCAACAAGCCACAAAUUUUGAAAUCGAUUUUUGGAAAGAUGCACGUUUUAAUGGAGAUUUUGCUGAUGUAAUGGUUGCACCAUCAGUGCUUAAGAAAGUUGAGAAGGAACUUCGAGAUAGUGACUUCAAAUUUGUCGUUACAAUUCCAGAUGUCCAAAAACUAAUUGAGAGAAACGAAAAGCCGAAAAGCCAAAGCAAAAAUGCGGCCUUAUCUAUGGGUAUACGGAUGAAGGAUGAUCCACUGCUCGAUGUCACCACCAAAGAAAACAAAAGCCGCGGUGUGUACGAUAUAAAGGCCAAGUAUCCAUUUGGAGACUAUAAGUCUUAUAUGGAAAUGAUGAAAUACUUGCGGACGAUUGAGUUUUAUUACCCGGAAAUUGCAAAGCUGAUACGCAUUGGCACAACAAAUGACGAUUUGCCUAUAGAAGGAAUUAAGUUGAUUGGUGGAUAUGGCAGUGACCCGAGAAUAACUAAAUUUAUUGAUGAAUUGGACAUUUUUAUCUUUCCUUGCCUCAACCCAGACGGCUAUGAAUAUUCACGAUCGUCAUCUGAUCCUCAAGUUCGGCUCUGGAGGAAAAACCGUUCAUCUCCUAAAUGUAUUCAGACUUACUGGGGUAAACGUUUCUGCUGUAGAGGUGUCGACUUAAAUCGAAAUUUUGACUUCCAUUGGGCAGAGACUGGCACGAGCCCUAUUCCAUGUUCAAAUAUCUAUCACGGAGAACAUGCUUUUAGUGAACCUGAAAGCAGAGCCGUAAGAGACUUCUUGACUUCGGAACAGAUGAAUGGCAGUCUUGACGGAUUUAUAACACUGCAUACUUACGCACAGUUAUGGAUACAUCCAUUUAGUCAUCAGACUGAAGUUUACCCUGAGGACAUAAUUGAUAUUAAGACAACUGCAAUGAAAGCAACCGAGAAACUGAAAGGCGUAUAUGGCACAAAAUACAAAAUUGGUACCGGUGCUAACUUGCUAAAGCCUGCUGCGGGGGGGUCUGAUGACUGGGCAAAAUCUACACUAGGGAUUAAGUACGUAUAUUUAAUCGAACUUCGACCGGAAUACGAAUUGUUAAACGGCUUUAUACUAAACGAAGAUGAGUUGCUGCCGACGGCUAUAGAAACUUGGGAGGGAGUUAAGGAAGUAAUUGAGUCGGCUUUACAAUACCGGGCCCAAGUCAAUUUGCAAGCCGAAACUCCGCAUUCAGAAAGCCUAUCCGCCGAGAAAAGACAAAAAAGUCUGGAGGAACAUACGUCAGGGCCGAGUUUGUAUUUUACUGGAGAGACUGCUGCAGAAACAAACGUCAGCGAACCUAUAAAGUCUCAAAAUAGUUCUGAAAUUCCUGUGGUUGGCGAUUUUGUAAGCUUGAACGUCACAGAAACUUCCCCUAUGGAAAAUACUACAAUCGAGCAUUAUGAAGAUAUGCCAUCGACUGGAGAACCAAAAUCAUCUUCACAAAGUAAUAAUGAAACUGUCUCGGAAAGGAAAGAGUUGGUUAGCGAAGUUAUAAAUGACCGUCAAGGAAACGAUAAAAUUACGAAAAACAACGGUACGGCAAGAAUCUGCAGGGACAAAAUGUCUGGCUGUGAAUAUUGGUUUCUCAGAGAUGGUGGUAUAUGUUAUUCGCAAAAGACUUUAAUGUCAGAAAUCUGCGCUUACACUUGUAAGUUUUGCCAAUAG